AUGGCGAAACUUUUCUGGUUUCUCAUUACAAUAGAACUUGUUUUCACCAACUGUGUUUAUGCUAUAUAUCCCUUCAACCAAACUCAAAACCUCUCUUUAAUGGACUUGGACUUGGAGGAGGAGGCUCAUGAACGUGAAAAUCUUCUCCUUGUAGGACUCACCCUUAUCCACAAUGCAGCUGCUAAAGGAGCAGUGUGCUUGGAUGGAACAUUACCAGGUUACCAUUUGCAUCGUGGAUAUGGCUCCGGAGCAAACAGUUGGCUUGUUAAUUUAGAGGGAGGUGGAUGGUGUAACAAUGUUAGAACAUGCGUUUAUCGCAAGAAAACGCGGCGUGGAUCAUCAUUAUUCAUGGAAAAAGAGAUUCCAUUCACAGGAAUACUUAGUAAUAAGCCUGAAGAAAAUCCAGAUUUUUUUAAUUGGAAUCGAGUAAAGCUUCGAUAUUGUGAUGGUGGCUCGUUCGCUGGAGAUGGCGAAGAUCAGGCUGCACAGCUGCAAUUCAGAGGACAGCGUAUUUGGGCAGCGGCGAUGGAAGAUUUGAUGACAAAGGGAAUGCGUUUAGCUGAGCAGGCUCUUCUUUCCGGAUGUUCUGCGGGCGGCCUAGCAACUAUCAUACACUGCGAUGAAUUUCGAGGUCUAUUUCCGAGGACUACUAAAGUGAAGUGUCUGAGCGAUGCAGGGUUGUUUCUUGACUCGAUCGAUAUAUCGGGCGAACGUACCCUGAGGAAUAUGUACAACGGUGUUGUGGGGAUGCAGGGUGCGCGGAAGAAUCUACCGCAAAUUUGUACUAAUCAUCUUGAUCCAACCUCGUGCUUCUUCCCUCAGAAUUUGAUUGCCAGUGUUAGAACACCACUUUUUCUUCUUAAUACUGCUUAUGAUUCUUGGCAGAUCCAAUCAAGUUUAGCUCCACCAUCAGCAGAUCCUCAUGGCUAUUGGCAUGAUUGUAGAUUAAACCAUGCUAAAUGCACUAGGCCACAACUCCAAUUUCUUCAAGGAUUUAGGAACCACAUGUUGAAUUCUAUUAAAGAUUUCUCGAGAUCAAACAAGAAUGGAUUGUUCAUUAAUUCGUGUUUUGCUCACUGUCAAACCGAGAGACAGGAUACAUGGUUUUCAGACAAUUCUCCGGUUAUUGAGAACAAGGUGAUCGCUCUAGCGGUUGGAGACUGGUUUUUCGACCGGGCAGGUGUUAAGGUCAUUGAUUGUCCUUACCCUUGUGACAAUUCAUGUCACAAUCUGGUUUUCAGUUGA